GCUCGCGACAACGCUAUUGCCUUUCCAGAGCCAUUCGUUUCUCUUUUUCUCUGCUGGUUUUGCCAUACAUCGCCGCUCUUGCCACCGCCUUCACGGUUGUUUAUAAAAUGAAGCAAGAUGCUCCCCAAACUCCUAGAGCUUAUGCUCUCUUACCACUCAAGUCACUCUUCGUUGAGUCUCGAUUAGUGCUUUUAUAUUGAAAUCUUGACUUUCUCAGCUGAAGAAGACCAACCUUCUCCCUCCCUAAGCACCAUGGACCAACUCCUCCACGAUCGCGAUAAAUAUCUUAAAACCACCCACCACUUUUUUCAGACCGAGAUCGAGAGGGGCGCGCACGAAAUGUCCGCUCGGGCAUGUUCUCAAGUGAAGGACCAAAUUGUUCAAGCUCUCGAUAGCGCCCUAGCGGACGGUAAUGCCAAAAUGGCGGAGAACUCGGCCAUUCUGCGAAAUACGGUAAACGGGCCCGAAGCCGAAAGGCUUUGCCGUACCACAGUGCUCGACAAACAGACCCUGGCCCAGAGGGUUCUGCAGUCCGUUCUCGUUCACUUGUGCGAGAAUAACGGCUUCAAGAUCCCCCCAGUUCGGAGGGAAUUUAUGAUUGAGCCGAUAACUCUCGACUCUGAUACGGACGACGGCGAAGGGAACGAGGUGUCAGACAACGCGGCCGCCGUCCAAGCAGACACCCGUUCGGCAACUGGUAAUAACAACCCUCCGAGAAAACGGACUCGCGACGACAGACCCAACGCGCCCGGGUCCCGAGCGCGAAGAGCACGCCGCGAUGACGACUUGCCCCCGGAUCAUGCCUAUGACGGCCCCGAGCCCGAGACCAACACCAACUCGACAAGCAUCGCCACAAUACAAGGGUAUGAAGUCGAAGGGUUAGACUUCAUCUUUCAGUAUCCCGCAGUAGGACCGGGUUACUACGUUGUUCAGUGUCAAAGCCCCGGACAUGAUGAUGAGCAUUGCUUCAAGGAAGACCCGUUGCAGCUGCGUGGGCGCAAAGAGCCCCGGUGCGUCAUGGUCAGGCAUUUCGCCGAUCCGUCGCCCACUCCAAGGUUUACCGUGGACCAAAUAAUGAGAAGAUUUGGCCGCCGAGUCGUCGACGCGGAAGAUGCAGACGUCACCGACGAGUGGGUAGAGAAUAGCAACAGGCGUCUGGCAUCGGACGCAGCCAAAUCUUCCAAGAAGAAACAGCCCGGGGGGAAGCAAAAGGCGCCAGUCGCGCCGUCACCGGUCGCGCCAUCACCAGCCGCGCCGUCACCAGCCGCGCCACCGAGAUGGCCGCCCACGCCGGGCUACGACCCUUGCACGGGCCGGGGGGGGAUCUCACCUUUGUCGAGUGAACCUAGCCCUGCCCCCCCAGAGGCCGAAUCCGAGGCCGCCGGGCCUUCUAGAAACAGAGUAUCUGUACCUGUGGCCGACAUGGACAUGGACUUUGGUGAUAUGUGGGCCGCUCAGGCGGCCAACACUAACCAUGCCAGCUGGGACCAGGCAGGCGAGAGUGUUUAUAUGCCUCCUGUAUGGCCAGAGUCGUGAGCGACAUUAAUCCCUCCGUGCGAUAAACAUUGAAGCCACGAGCUAGGCUACCAUCAGCCCAGCACCAGCGCUCCGGACAAUGGCAUGACAAACCCCUCCACACCGGCCCCCUACCAUGUUAGAGGUGGCCCGGGCUGAGACAAUCCAAGGGUCGCAGUACAAAAAAAAGAGAACGGAAAAGGAAAGGCCCGGUGACAGAAAAAGAUGAAAACACGGCCUCCAAGGUCAGAGCAAAACAAAAAUUGG